AUAGGAAGUGUCGUGCAGUAGUAAAGGCUUAACAUGGGUCGCUACGUAAAGUAGUAAUGUGUGGAAAUAUAAAUCAAGCUGCCGAAUAUCCUCCGCAAAACUCGGAUGUUUUGAAGCACCGCCCCUGCAUUCCAUUGUUGGUUUGGAGAGUUGCGUGUUAUAGGAAUAUUACGCGGCGUUCUGGCUGUAAUUUGUGUGAAACUAGCCUGGUUAGCUGCACGUCACUUAAGCAGGUAUUACUCUGCUAGCUUAGCUUUGCAUUGGAAUUCGUUAGCUUGUUUUGACAGCUAAAAUUAACCAAGUUGCUAACCGGAGCGAAUAGCGUUCCCUUUGGUUGGUCGGUGCGUAUUAGUUUAUUCAUUGCUUAUUAUAGUGUGACCCCCCUGUAACUGAAUGUGUGGCGUUAGAACUCGGAGCAGCUACAGCUAGCAGACUGUUAGCUUGUCAACAACAACAAUGGGUUCUAUGAGGUGUUUGAAGACUGCGAGGACGCGUUACUGCUUAGCUCUUCUCCUCAUAGUCUUCACUAAGGGAUUCACAGCUGAUGAAGAACGACAUGAGAACGACGGAGCAGAUUUGAAGUCAUACCACGACUCCGAGGCUGAAGAGGAAGAUGUCCGUCCUACAUCAGAAAUUGCGGCAGGUUCACCAGUGAUGCUUGAGCCUGACGUCUCUCAGUCAGAAGAAGAGAAACCGUCGUCUUCAGAGGGACUGGAAGGAGAGGAGAAGGAAGACCUACCUGAGCAGCCUCCUCCAGUUUUGGAAAAACCAAAAGAAGUUCCUGUGGUGAAUGGCGGCACGGCCCAUGGAGAGCCCUGCAUCUUUCCCUUCCGCUUCCAGAAGAGGGAGUACUCGGACUGUACCACCGACGGACGGGGGGACGGACGGCUGUGGUGCGCAACAACCUACGACUACGACCACGACAAGAAGUGGGGCUUCUGUGAGACGGAGGAGCAGGCUCAGCAGAGACUCGAGGCCGAGGAGGCCGAGGAGCAGUACCAGACCAUCCUGCGCAUGCUCAACACCACCACCAGGAAGACUCAGAGGAAAGAAUUGUACGAGAAGCUGCUGAAAGUGGCGGAGAAAGGCCACCAGAAAGCCAUGGAGAAGGUGGCGUACGCCAUGCUGUUCGGAGACUACAUGAACCAGAACGUCACCAAGGCCAAAGAGAUGUUUGAGAAGCUCGCCAUCGACGGCUCCCCCAAAGCUCAAACGGCCCUUGGCUUUUUGUACGCAGCGGGACUUGGUGUUAACUCAAGUCAAGCAAAGGCUUUGGUUUACUACACCUUUGGCGCUCUUGGUGGGAAUUUGGUCGCUCACAUGAUUCUGGGAUACAGAUACUGGGGAGGUGUGGGAGUUCCUCAGAGCUGUGAGUCGGCGCUAACGCAUUACAGGCUCGUGGCAAAUCAAGUGGCCAGCGACGUGUCCCUGACCGGCGGCUCGGCGGUGCAGAGGGUCCGGCUGCUGGACGAGGUGGAGAGCCCAGGCUCCACCAGCGGGAUGUUAGAGGAGGACCUCAUCCAGUACUACCAGUUCCUCGCCGAGAAAGGAGACGUCCAAGCUCAGGUGGGACUCGGCCAGUUGCAUUUGCACGGAGGACGUGGAGUCGAGCAAAAUCACCAGAGGGCGUAUGACUACUUCACCCAGGCUGCAAAUGCAGGAAAUACACAUGCUAUGGCGUUUCUAGGCAAGAUGUAUUCAGAAGGCAGCGAGUUUCUCCCCCAGAACAAUGAGACGGCUCUCCAGUACUUCAAAAAGGCUUCUGAUCUGGGUAAUCCGGUGGGACAGAGCGGUCUGGGCAUGGCUUAUCUGUAUGGAAGAGGUGUUCCAGUGAACUAUGAGCUGGCUCUGAAAUACUUCCAGAAGGCGGCGGAGCAGGGCUGGGUGGAUGGACAGCUCCAGCUGGGCACCAUGUAUUACAAUGGCAUUGGCGUGAAGCGCGAUUACAAACAGGCGCUGAAGUUCUUCAACCUGGCCUCUCAGGCGGGCCACAUCCUGGCUUUUUACAACUUGGCCCAGAUGCACGCCACUGGGACUGGGGUGAUGCGCUCCUGCCACACCGCCGUGGAGCUCUUCAAAAAUGUGUGCGAACGCGGCCGCUGGUCGGAGCGUCUGAUGACGGCCUACGGAAGCUUUAAGGACGGCGAGACGGACGCGGCGCUGGUGCAGUACCUGCUGCUGGCCGAGCAGGGCUACGAAGUGGCCCAGAGCAACGUGGCCUUCAUCCUGGACCAGACAGAAGGUGCGAGGAUCUUCAGUGAGAAUGAGACUUACCCUCGUGCACUGCUUCACUGGACGAGAGCAGCCGCUCAAGGCUACACCGUGGCUCGGAUUAAACUCGGAGACUAUCACUUCUACGGCUACGGGACCGACGUGGACUAUGAGACGGCGGUCAUUCACUACAGACUGGCCUCAGAGCAGCAGCACAGCGCCCAGGCCAUGUUCAACCUGGGCUACAUGCACGAGAAAGGCCUCGGCAUCAAACAGGACAUUCAUUUAGCCAAGCGUUUCUACGACAUGGCGGCUGAAGCCAGUCCUGAUGCUCAGGUCCCCGUUUUCCUGGCUCUGUGCAAGCUGGGCCUGAUUUACACUCUGCAGUACCUGCAGGAUCUUAAUCUGAAGGAGCUGAUGUCCCAGGUGGACCUGGACCAGCUCCUGGGCCCGGAGUGGGACCUCUACCUCAUGACCGUCAUCGCCCUGCUGCUCGGCACAGUCAUCGCCUACAGACAGCGCCAGCACCAAAUCAUAGUGCCGCCUCGCCCGCCCGCCCCGGCCCCGGCCCCCGCCCCUCCCCCCAGGCCGCCUCAGGAACAGCCGCCGCCGGCCGCGGCGGAGCCCCAGGCCCAGGACGAGACGCAGGCCCCGGACCCGGACCCGGCCCGGGAGGACCAGGAGGAGGAGGAGCAGCAGUGAGAGGAAGCCAGACGGAGACGGAGAGGGCAGUAAAAGGACAGACCAGACGCUCUGCCAGCCCGCCGCACGGAGCAGCCGGCGCCUCGUGGCUGAAAAACCUGCUACGGCGAGCACGUCUCCCACUCUGCCUGCUUCCCUCCACAUGAUUUAAAAAAAAGAAAAGAAAAGAAAAGAAAAAAAAGCGAAGACUUGAAGCCUGCUGAAGUGUUCAGUCUCACAACUCUUCCUUCUUCCUUUUAAUAUAUGCUGGUCCUGUGCUGGAACCGAGGCACUCGGGGGUGUUUUUAGACGAAGCUGCAGACUGCUGGGAGGAAAACACGCCUGGGACUUGUUAGUCUGUGACUCAGGACACUGCCAGAAGACCCCCGUGUCCUCACUGUGGAAAUAGUCUCGCCAGAUCAAAGGCGGCUUGAACUUGGCUGAUUAGCAAGAUGGAUCUCAAACAUUCAUUCAUUCAUUUCUUCUCACUCUGCCUUUUUUUCUCUUUAUUUUUUCCUCCUGAAAAAAUGACACUUAGUUGAACAUCGUAAAUUCAAUCCUAGUCUUUGUGCGGUCUGUAGGAAACAGCAGUCUUAAGGGGAAAUGUUAACUCAGCGUGAUUUAAGUUCUCAGCCUAAAUGUUGAAGAAAUCAGAUUUUGCAUGUUCACUCGUGUUUUUUUUUUUUUUUUUUUUUUUAAAACAAACUUCUGUCAAACUGUCACUUUUGAGUGAACAAUUAAUUGUUGCUUCCACAUUUCCUUCAUUUCUUUGGUUUACAAGGUGUGUGGUCAGUACCUCCUGCAGUGCUAAAACGUCCCGAAGCCAUGCGAUGUUGUUGUUGUUGAACCAACAAGACGACUGUGGGCGAGUUUUCUUUCAGCUGACAGAAUAAAUGAGUCUGUGGCGUUUGAGCCGUCACCCGAAUCCCUCAUGCAGAUCCCGCCUGGAAGCUUCGCUGAAGCGUCGUUCACCCUCCAGGACGGUGAACGCAAAGUGCACGGGCUUUUCAGAUUUUAUUUUAAGAAGCGAGUCGGGCGAGGGGGGAAAACAAAAAAGACAGAAGAAUAGAAAUCAUUCAGGAAGAAAACAGUUUUUUUUUUUGUUUUUUUUUUUUUGUUUUUUUUUUUAUCAAUACUGUAUGUUGUAAAAUGUAAAAUUUUUCCAAAAACAUGCUUUAUUUGAUCCUGGUUGAUUUUUGGAACGUAAUUGCAAUCGUACAAUUCAUCUUUGUGUUUUUUUUGUUUUUUUGUGUACAAAGCCAACUGUGAGCUGAGGCAGACAUGGGAGCAGCAUUAAAGAUAGCAACACCUCACGCUGCUUUGUUCCUACAUCAGAGAAAGACAACUUUGCUUUUUUUUUUUUUUUUUUUUUAAUUCUUUGGGUUAUACAACUUCAGCUGUUGUGAGAAAAUCCACCCCCUCACCAAAAGUCUAGGUUGGAGGUUUGCCCGCACCGUUGGGCUCAGAUGGCCACGAAUCUGAGCCUGAAACUGGAAACAAAUGAAGCCAUAGUUAGGCCGUACAGUAUUCAUCCAAACACCAUUUGAAACCUUUUUUUUUUUUUCUUUCUUUUUUUUUUUUUGCCACCUCCAUUUUUUUUUCUAGUCCAUUUGUUCAUUUCCACAAUAUGUGCUUGUUGUAAGAAUUACUAAGAAUGUAUCUGCCAAUACAUCUGCAUGAGUAGGAUCUGAAAAAAAAAAAAAAAAAAGGACAGUAAAGUGUUGUUUGCAGGAUGAUUUGAAGCGUUUCUUGCAUUCACAGUUAGACAAACACUGGCCGUCACCAAUGGGAGGAUUCACAUUUUUACCAUCGCGAAUACAGGUUUAUAAAGAAAUUAAUAAAUGAUAUAUGGAUA